GAAGGGAAACAGAGCGCCACCUGGUGCACCAUGGCCCCUGCCAAGAGAAUGGGAAAACUCAACCCAAACACUUACACUCGACAAAACGUCGUUUAACUUCAAGUCGAACAUCAACUGUGACAUCAUUGACGAGGCAUUUAAAAGAUACAAAGACUAUGUGUUUAUUGAUCCAUCGGGUCGCCCUGGCAACGGAGAUAAAUUGGAAGGGAUUGAUUUAAACAUUAAAUCUCCUUGUAAAGUGAAUGGUUACCCGUCUGCUGAAGAAAAUGAAUCAUAUACAAUUUCAAUAUCUGUUGGCAAGCGUGGAUCCAUCGAGGCAGAGACUGUCUGGGGAGCAUUAAGAGGGUUAGAGACUUUUAGUCAGCUAAUCUGGCUAACCAAUGAAAAGUUUCUCCAGGUUAACGUGACUACAAUACGAGAUUGGCCGAGAUUCUCGUACCGUGGAAUUAUGAUUGACACUGCAAGGCAUUAUCAGCCCCUUCCUAUUAUUUACAAAAAUCUAGAUGCGAUGGAACAAAACAAAUUCAACGUUCUUCACUGGCAUAUUGUAGACGACCAGUCAUUUCCGUAUGUCAGCAGAACAUUUGCAAACUUGUCUUCAUUGGGAGCGUAUUCACAGAAACAUUUAUACACGCAAAAAGAUGUCGCUGAUAUUAUACAAUAUGCACGCAUGCGUGGUAUUCGUGUAAUUCCAGAGUUUGACACACCAGGACAUACGAUAGGUUUUAGCAAAGCAUUUCCAGAUCUACUGACACCGUGUUGGGGCGAUGGUAAGACCCCUUAUACUCCAAACUAUCCUGAACACGCUCCAGCGGAAAUCCUUAAUCCAAUACAGAACUACACAUAUGAUUUCUUGAGGACUUUCUUUUCUGAAAUUGUUGAUGUGUUCCCAGACCCGUUUAAACAUAUGGGCAUGGAUGAAGUAUAUUAUGCGUGUUGGAAAUCCAAUCCGAACAUCACAGAGUUUAUGUCCCAAAAUGGCAUGACCGGAUACAACCAGCUGGAGCAGUACUACGCCCAGAAACUUCUGAACAUCAUGGAGGAACUGGGAUCGAAGUAUAUGAUUUGGCAGGAGCCAAUCGACAAUAAUGUUACGCUCCAAAAAGACGCGAUAGUUAACGUUUGGAAAGACACAUAUCUGAAUCCGAACAAACCUUUCGACAAGUGGCAAAACUACAUCUCCAGAAUUGCGAAGAAAGGAUACAAAAUCGUUCUAGCAGCUCCAUGGUAUCUCAACUACAUAGCGUAUGGCUAUAGGGAAAUGUGGAUGAAAUACUAUGAAACAGAGCCCCUAGAUUUUGAAGGGACGGACGAAGAAAAGAAGUUGGUGAUUGGAGGCCAAGCUUGUUUGUGGGCUGAGUAUGUUGAUGGAACAAAUCUCUUGUCAAGAAUGUGGCCACGUGCAUCAGCCGUUGGGGAGAGACUGUGGAGCGCACGGGAGGUGAAUGAUUCAAACAGUGCAGCAUUUAGGCUGGACCAACAUCGUUGUAGGAUGGUUAAUCGAGGCAUACCAGCGCAGCCUAUACUAAAUGGUUACUGUGGGGACUACGAGUAUGGUAUGGACAAGGAAACCCCAGUGUCAGCAUCAUAUAAAAACAUUAUAAACACUCAUGUAUUUGUAGUUGUAUUGCUGAAUGUAUUGACUACCAGCAUCAUAUAAAAACAUUAUAAACACUCAUGUAUUUGUAGUUGUAUUG